CCAACAACCAGAUUUAUUUGACUAACAAAGUCCAGUUUGGAGAGCUUGCCUUUUUACAGCACCUAUAUAAAAGGGAUAAGUGUGGUUGAAACAUGCAUCAAGAGUAAUAAAUAUAAGAACAUUCUGUUAUAAACAGAGACAACGCAUUGUUCACUUGAUCAUGGAUUCGAGGAUGAUGGAAGAGUUUAUUCUGGGAUCUUUCAUUGCUUCACUUUUGGGGUUUAUUGUGUUAUACAGAUUGCUUGGGAAAAGGCCUCAAAGAGCUGAGAUUAAGGCACAGACAGGUCCCAGUGGUAAUAAAAGUUCUGAACAUUCUGUAUCCCAGAAAGAUGGAGGAACAGAUGUUGUCGUUGUUGGAGCUGGUGUAGCCGGUUCUACAUUGGCUUACUCUCUGGCCAAGGAUGGGCGCCGAGUACAUGUGAUUGAGAGGGACUUAACCCAACCUGAUAGAAUUGUUGGCGAGUUACUACAACCAGGAGGCUACCUCAAACUAGUCGAGUUGGGAAUGGAGGAUUGUGUAAUUGGGAUUGAUUCUCAGCAAGUGUAUGGUUAUGCACUUUACAAAGAAGGGAAAUAUGCUAGACUGUCCUAUCCUUUGGAAGAAUUCAAUUCAGAUGUUUCCGGCAGAAGCUUUCAUCACGGGAGAUUCAUCCAAAGGUUGCGCGAAAAGGCUGCAUCUCUUCCCAAUGUCAAAAUGGAACAAGGAACUGUAACAUCUUUGGUUGAAGAAAAUGGUACUGUUAUAGGAGUUAAAUUCAAGACUAAAGAGGGUGAAGAAAAUACAGCUAAAGCUCCUCUAACAAUCGUAUGCGAUGGUUGCUUUUCAAACCUGAGGCGCAAUCUGUGCGUACCACAGGUCGAUAUUAUGUCCCAUUUUGUUGGUAUGGUCGUGGUCCUGGAGAACAGCCGGCUCCCUCAUCCCAAUCAUGGACAUGUUAUAUUGGCUAACCCUUCACCUAUUUUGUUCUAUCCAGUCAGUAGCACCGAAGUACGCUGUUUGGUCGAUAUUCCUGGUCAAAAAUUACCUUCAAUUUCCAAUGGAGACAUGGCCAAUUAUUUGAAGACCAAGGUGGCUAAUCAGCUUCCACCUGAACUUCGGGAUGCAUUCAUCCAUACAGUCGAGAAAGGAGAUAUUAGAACUAUGCCAAACAGAAGUAUGCCGGCAGCUCCAGUUCCCACUCCGGGUGCAAUUUUGCUGGGAGAUGCGUUCAACAUGCGACACCCUUUGACUGGGGGAGGAAUGACUGUUGCACUAUCUGAUGUGGUGGUCCUCCGGGAUCUACUUCGAGCUGUACAAGAUUUCAGCAAUGCAGCGGCGCUCACCAAACAUCUUGAAUCCUUUUACACCCUUCGUAAGCCAGUGGCUUCUACAAUAAACACGUUAGCAGGUGCCUUAUACAAGGUAUUCUGUCCUGCACCUGAUCAAGCCAGCAGAGAAAUGCGAGAAGCGUGUUUUGAUUAUUUGAGCCUUGGAGGCAUCUACUCACAAGGACCAAUUGCCCUCCUAUCUGGCUUGAACCCGAGGCCUAUGAGCUUGGUUGCUCACUUCUUUGCCGUGGCCAUAUAUGGUGUAGGUCGUUUGCUUCUACCAUUUCCUUCACCCAAGCGUGUGUUGCUUGGAGCUAGAUUGCUCUCGAGUGCAUAUGGCAUCAUAUUUCCCAUAGUGAAGUCGGAAGGAGUACGGCAAAUGUUCUUCCCCAUCACCAUUCCUUCCUACAACAGGGGUGCUUCGGUUGUAAUGAAGAGUGCAAUGUUCGACAUGCUUGGAUAGGAACUUGUGCUGCCAAAAAUCUCGAUAAAAUCAAAAGCAAAUGAAGAAAAUGAUUCUUUAUUUUGUUGUACUGUAUAUUUCUUCAAAUAUAGAAGUUAGGGUAUGUUUGAUUCACUUUCAAUUCCAUGGAAUUCCAUUUUUCACUUUUGUUGAUGUUUGAUAGACAUUUUUUUUCUUGGCAAUUGGAAUUCCAUCUUUGCUUCACAUGACGGUGACCAAUUCUUGCUUUUAA